AUGACGGAGAGUAUCCUGGACAAUCAUGUCAACACAACACCUACUGGCACUCGUAAAUCCCCAUCUGGGGAAGCUGAUCAAAGUCAGCAUGAUGAAACAUCUAACACCGAAUCAACAACACUAACGAAUAGUGUGUUUCCCGUAGGCUCACUCAGUCCACCUUCAGAAAUAUACGAUGCAUCCUUAGCGAUUAAAAAUGCCGUAAACCACAAUGAUUUGGCAGAUUACGAUGCUACAUGUCGAGAUUCUUCUAUGCAAGACCAACCACAUUUGCCAAAAAAGCUGAAUCCGCACCAGCUUUUAUACAAAAGACGAAGCAGGCGCAUCGCCGCUCAGUCUGCCCCACAUGAAAUUAUUAACAAGUUAUCGGGAAGUGGUUUUAAGGCGAAACCCAAACACCGACCUUCCUGUCGUCACUUUCGCCCUACUGUUCGAACCAAGCCAAAGUGCGACGAUACAGCUGACGACGUAAGUUCUCCAUCUGGCUUUCUGGAGACAGAAGGAUCUGAAAAUCCUCUUCCUUCGACGUCUGUAACCAACG